AUGUUAUUUAGUUUAAAGCACGAAGAGAAAAAAUAUUGUACUAAAGAAGAUAUAACUCCAGUUAUUGUACAACUAACCAGAAGUAUUGAUACAAUACAAGAACUAGAUUUUACUUCUAAUGUAUUUAAGCCUGAAGCAGUGGUAGAAUUAUGCAAGUGUAUUAGAAAAAUGAAAAAUCUUAAAAAUAUUAUAUUAGAAGGAAUUUUUGCCACUUUAAGUAAAAGUGAGAUGGAAACGUGUUUUAAAGACAUUUGUUCUUCUUUAAAAGACAAAAAACUGAUUUUACUUGACUUAAGCAAUAAUGCGCUCUCUUCUGAUUUACCCGAAGAAUUUACUGAUUUAUUAAGCAAUUUAAAUACAUUAAAAUUUCUUAAAAUACGAAAUUGUGGACUUGGCUACAAAGGAGGAAAUAUAAUAGGAGAGUGUUUAGAUAAAUUAACAGAUAAGAAUAACUUUGAAUAUUUAGAUAUCGCACAAAAUAGAUUUUUUAAUUUUCCUGAAAAGUUGUGUGAAGGUAUUAGCAAUUUUAAGAGACUUUCUGUACUGAGACUUGAAUACAACACUAUUGAAAAGAUUUCUAUGACACAGGCACUAAAAGUUAUAAAAGAUCUUCCACUCGAGGUGUUAGACAUAAGAGAUAAUUUUUUAGAUGUAGAAGGAUGUAAAUUAUUAGGGGAGAUAUUUGCUACGUGUAACAUAAGAGAAUUAGUUAUGGGGGACUGUAUGACAUAUUCUGAAGGAAUGCUUGAAUUUAUAAAAUAUGCUAAUAAUAAAUUUGUGUCUAUGGGACUACCAGGGGAUUGUACAGAUUUUGUAGAGUGUGUAUUGGAUGUUAGUUAUAAUGAUUGGGAACAAGAAUGCAUUGAAGAUCUUAUACAUUUUUGUAAAAAAUAUUUUAUUAAGAAAUUAUUUAUUACAGGAAAUUUGUAUGAUGACUCAAGUGAAUUAAUGAAGGCUAUGCAUAAAUAUGGAGGAGAAUUAAUUUACAAUGAAUUAGAAGCAGAGCAGGAUUUAAAGAGUGAAUUUGAUGAUGCUCUUAUCGAGAAACUCGAAUUUUUAUAA